AUUAGAUAUAUAUAUUUAGUUUUUUUUUUCUUUUCUUUUUUUUUUUGACGUUGAACCUCCGUCAGCCCUUAAAGCGAAGUUAUAACGUCUGCAACUGUCUUUCUCUGACAUAAUUCAAAAUGGCAGCCUCCGUUGGAACACUAAUGCGGACUUGUGCCAGAGUUGCAGCAGGAAGUCUGAAACUCACAGUAGCGAGUCAACAUGGAGUUUCUGGAGCUGCCAGAGUCCUCACUGCUCCUGCUCUUCAGAGAGCCUGCUUCUCUACUAGCUCUUGCAGAUGGGCCCCUGCUGUCACCCAGCCUGCUCCUGCCUUUAAGGCCACAGCUGUUCACAACGGAGAGUUUAAGGAGAUGAGCCUUGGUGAUUUCAAAGGCAAAUACCUGGUCCUGUUCUUCUACCCACUAGACUUCACCUUUGUUUGCCCGACAGAAAUCAUUUCUUUUAGUGACAAAGUCAAUGAGUUUCAUGACAUAAAUUGUGAGGUGGUGGGUGUGUCUGUGGACUCCCACUUCACCCACUUGGCUUGGAUCAACACUCCACGCAAGACUGGAGGUUUGGGAAACAUCAAAAUCCCUCUGCUCUCUGACCUCACCAAGCAGAUCUCUAGAGACUAUGGCGUUCUGCUGGAGAAUCCAGGCAUUGCCCUCAGGGGUCUUUUCAUCAUUGAUCCAAAUGGAGUGGUGAGACACACGAGUGUGAACGAUCUGCCUGUGGGUCGUUCUGUAGAAGAAACCCUUCGUUUGGUCAAAGCCUUCCAGUUUGUGGAGACUCAUGGUGAAGUGUGUCCAGCCAGCUGGACCCCAAAGUCUCCAACAAUCAAACCGACACCCGAAGGAUCCAAAGAGUACUUUGAAAAAGUUAACUGACAUCUAACAGUAAUAUUAAAUGACUAGGUUAAGUUGAAUUUACUAUUAAUGUCGGAGUCAUGAAUGUGAUUUUCUUUUGGUUAAUGGUAGGGGGAUUGAUUAUAAAUGGGAUCCAGCACCUGUCUUCGCCUGCUUGUCUCUUUUGUUUAGAGAGAGUGAGGGAGGGGGCGAGUGUGGGUUGUCUGACAUCAGGGCCCGUUGUAAGAAAUGUUUUCUCCAGGUGGUGUGACUAAUAAGCUUCAAAUAAAAGGUAACAUUUAUUAAAACUCAUUUACCAAAUGUCUGCAACAUCAUCAGAGCAGAUUUAACUGCACAGAUAAAACCAGGAGCCGAUGUGUGUAGCUUUGUAUGCACUUUAAGCAACAGAAAAGAUCUUAUAUUUUAUUUGUAUUAAAUUACAAAUAAAAUGUUUUUAUAAAACCUUUGGGGAAACUUCCAUGAUCCACUAACGCUGCUAAAUAAAGAUCCUGGACCGGAAAAAUG